AUGAAGUCCGCAUCGAAAAUUUCAAAGUCCACCGGUAAUGGAGCUAUUAAAAAACAGAAGAAGUCAAUCGCUUGCCAGCGAUGUCAUUCACAUAAAAUCAAAUGUACGGGAGGCCAACCAUGUGUGAAAUGUCGCCAAGCUGGUUGCCCCACGGAGUGCCACUAUGUCAAUCGAGAUCGUCAGGUUAAACUGGCCGCAGAAAACCAGCGCUUGCGAGACCAAUUAUCACAAUCACAAUCUCCUGGAUUCCUUACACCGAGGGAACACCAGCCACUAGACCAAGAUGUACCCGAAGUAGAUGCAGAUACUCAUGUUCAAAACCCAAUGCUCGGGGAAAGAGCAUGGUUUCUACCAUAUGAUCCUUCAUUGCCGCCAAUCCACGUUUGUGAAGCAGCAUGUCCGGCCUUCGCCACCCGGCUUCGGAAAGUCCUAACAAAAAGCGAGGCUACUUCGCACAUGCCUCGAACGCAGUACACGCCAGAGGCCACUUUAAUGAAAAUGCGCAAUCCCACAGUCGAAUGGCCAAGCCUUCCUCGGGCUCGACUUUUGCUUCAGAUAGUCUUCAGCCAGGUGACUCGAGUAUAUCAUCUAGUUCUUCGAAAGUCAACCAGUGACCAGCUUGAAGAUAUCUAUCGCAAGAACAACUUCGAAGAUUCGGUGCUGAAGUGUAAAUUCUUUGCUCUAUUCGCGCUUGGGGAGGUUUACUCGGCGCGAUCACCCCCAGGCUUGGAAUGCAAUGUACCGGGUGUGGGCUAUUAUGUGAACGCGCUCACUAUGAUACCCAUCUUGCCAGAACGCCCAAGCCUGGCACAUAUCGAAUCUAUCUUGCUUUUGUCACUAUACUCCUUCUUCUUGAACCGACGCCAUUCAGCAUAUCUGCUUGUCGGCAGCGCGAUGCGCCUUGGAUUGACUCUAGGUCUGAACCACAAUAUCCCAGAAGGAAUAUGCCCGGAUCCUGUCCAACGCGAGCACCGGACUAGAUUAUGGUGGGCGAUAUAUUCAUUAGACCGAAUGUACGGCUCAAAGGUCGGCUGGCCGGUUCAAAUAGCCGAUGAGGACGUCUACGUUGAGAUGCCAUCCAAUGUACCUGGUGACAUCCACGACGAUCAUACGUCGGACACCGAGUUUCUCGUUGCCAGUAUUCAAUUGGCUAGGAUAACGGGUCAGGUCAUCGACCAAGUUUACAGCCGAAAAAGGUUCCCAGAGUCCUUCUUGCAGCGAGAACAGAGGCUCCUGCUUUCGCUGAAGGAGUGGUGUUGUGCCCUUCCUCCGCAUAUUCGGCUGAAUCGCGACGGACCCAUUCCGAAAAAUGUUAUUUCGCUGCAUCUCCAAUUCAACCAGUGUAUCAUGUUAGCUAGUCGGCCAAUUCUGCUACACACGCUGAUCCAAGCCACCUGUCACGAACCCAAUCAGGACGAAGGCACCCGGACAAACAUCCGUCAAACCCUCAAAACACUCAGCGAUGCGUGUAUUCAUGCUGCAAGGCACACGCACUCACUGAUAAUUGAAGAAUGGACUAAUGGAUCGCUGCCAGUCUUCGGGUAUUUCUAUGCCCAUUAUCUAUUUUCUUCGGCGUUGAUCAUGGUCAUCUCCAGUUUAGUAUACCCAGAGAACAGCAAUGAUUUUGCACUGUUCGAGGCAGCUUUUGAGAUUCUUCGGACAAUGAGCAGCCAUGGAAACCUCGCGGCAACUGAAUUCUACGAUAACCUGGAAGGCCUCAAGCAAUGCUUGGAUACGAGGAUAUCGUCAGAGAUAGAUCACACUCAGAAUGCUUCAUCUCGUAUAGCAGACACCUUAACAGACGGACUUAUGAUGCCAUCGAGCCAGCUUGGGACUCUUGGGAACAUUGCUAGCAUGACAGAAGCUACCGCAUCAACAAACUCAAACUCAACAAACGACAUGGCCUUCCUGGGAGAAAGCAUGGAGGAAUUUUUGGCUCAACCCGAUGUUGACUUUGACUUGCUUGCGCCUUCACUGGCCGAUGCUGUAUACUCAUGGCCAAACCUUUCCCUAUGGACCUCAUGA